AUGGAUGGAUUAGAAUUUGAGUAUCAUCCCAAAUAUGGUCUUGCCAUAUUCGCAACUCGUGAUUUCCAAAAAGGAGAGAUUCUCUUGUCUGAAAAACCUCUGAUAGUCUCCCAAACCCUAACCUCUAAGCGCGACAAAGCCUUCAUUUAUACUUAUGAUAUUGAUUUGGACGUUUUCUCAACCUUCAAAGCAUUCUUUGACUCUUCAACAGAAAUACAAAAUAUCAUUUUAAAUAAUUUCUAUCUUCCAUCAACUCCAGAAUUAAUGGAUAUUGCUUGGUCGCAAGUCUUUUCUACCCGUUUAGACAGAAUCAUCGACGUUUGUCAAAAACAUGUUCGGGCAUGGUCGAAUGUUGAUCGUGACACGUUUAAGAAGGUGCUUUUAGUGUUUACCUUCAAUUCACACGCUUUUGGAUCGGAUAAUUCUCCUGCUAUUUUUGCGAUUGGAAGCAAAAUGAAUCAUUCUUGCGAAGCAAAUACAUUUUAUCAAUCUAUUGAUAAUCAAGUUGGCAUUCAUACGGUCGCUAAGGAAAUUCGGAAAGGUGAUCAAAUAACUACAAAUUAUCUUGGGAAAGAUACGAUUUUCUCAACUAACACAAGGCAAAAAAUCCUCCAGAAAACAAAAUUAUUUCAAUGUGAUUGUUUACGAUGCACAGAGAAAUUGGACAUAUCACGAGGACUUCCUUGUCCAAAUUGCUCAAUUGAUGGAUAUAUUUAUUGGCAUCCAACAUCCAUGAUAAGUGAUAAAAAUGAUAGCGAUGGAAUCAAAUCACAAAGUUAUUGGCUUUGUGACACGUGUAACACCAGAAUUGAUGACGAAAGUCCCUACCUUAAUGAAUUAUUAGUGAAGGAAAAAGAAAUAGAGCAGGAAACAAUCGCUCUUAAUGAAAGACUAAAUGGGAUUAAUUUUGUAAACAAAUCACAAUUACUGGAUCUACAUGAUGCUUGUCUAGGUCAGCUUGGGACUCGUCAUUGGACUUACAUUUUAAUUCUCAAAAUGUUAAUACUUCUUGACGCAACCCAAUUAUCGAACGAAAAAUAUCAUAAUAAAUCGUCCCUAAUUAAAAAUUUUGAUAAUGUAUUGAAUUGGUAUGAAAAAGGCGAAUUUGAUACUCCAAGAUAUCUAGGUUCAUUUACUUUGCGUGUCGCAAACGUUCUUUUUUGCGUCAAGGAUUAUUAUAAUAGUUUGCGCUUUCUUGAAAGAGUUUUCAAGAAUUUUUCUUAUGAUAAAACAUUUCCACAUGAGCACAAAGAAGCUAUCAAUCUAAUGGAAAGAUGUCAUAUGGCAUUGGAUGAAUCUGUUUCUGGUCAAAUUGGUCAAGAAAAUAAAUCACAUAUGAAACCAAAUUGUCAAUUCCUCAAAAAUUGA